AUGGGUCUCGGAGUGCUGGAAGAUCACAAGCUGGAUCAAGUCCCAGGCACCUCCAACAUCUAUGGAGUAGAUGAGAUUUCAAGCGACAAUACCCCGGGCGCCACAAGUCUGAAAUACGACCGGUCGACUACAGAACCUACCCUUCUUGUACCCCAGCCAAGCGAUGAUCCCAACGAUCCACUAAAUUGGCCACUAUGGAGACGCGACCUCAUCCUUGUCAUCCUCUCGUUCGUCACGGUCCUCUGUACGACCCUGAGCUCCAUAAUGGCAGCAAAUACAGUGACAAUCGCAGAGUACGAAAUGAUCACCUUCGUGGAAGCCGCGCUUCUCACUGGAUACCAUCUGUGUGGCGUGGGAGUAGCCGGGAUCUUGAUCGUCCCAACCGCGCGAGUCUGGGGUAAACGCCAUUUGUUUAUCAUUGGACAUGUCUUGAUGAUCAUCAGCUGCAUAUGGGCGGGCGUGAGUGGGCAUAACCAUAAGAGUCUGUUAUGGGCACGAAUCUUCCAAGGUGUGGCGUUAGCUCCAUUCGAAGCGCUAGUGAAUGCCUGUGUUGGUGAUCUCUACUUUGUCCAUGAACGAGGAAAGCGAAUGGCCGUAUCAAAUGUUGCUCUGUUUGGUGCAGCUUUCUUGACGCCCGUUUUUGUCGGCAAAAUCACCAAAUCCAUCGGUUGGCAAUGGUCCUUUUACUUUGUUGCCAUCUUUCUUGGCGCAGCGCUACCUUUCAUGGUUCUGUUCGUGCCUGAAACCGCAUUCCGCCGAGCUGACUACUUGAAUACCGAUUUCAAGCAUAAAAGUGGCCAGGCGGGAUCGUCGAACUGGCCUCUGGAUAAUACUUCCACUAAAGACACCCAAGAGUUCAUAUCAGGCACCAUGGCCGGUAGCGGUACGCGGACAGAGGUUUCUGCCACAGUAAAGCUGGAAAAGGAUUCACUUUUGCGAUCAAUGAGGCUGUUCAAUGGUCGAAAGACAGAUGAGAACUUUUUCAAGCUUCUUCUCCGUCCCUUUCCAUUAUUCUUCCAUCCUGGAAUAUUCUGGGCUUGUCUAACUCAAGGGAUCGUUAUUGGAUGGGCCGUCUUCAUUGGCGUGAUCCUAGCGAUCGUAUUCUUGGGACCACCUCUAUGGUUUGAAGAAGACAAGACAGGAUAUCUAUACACGGGUGCCUUCAUCGGAGCUAUAAUAGGGCUUAUUUUGGCUGGCCUUAUCACGGAUUCUAUAAAUAAGGCAAUGAUCCGACUCAACCGAGGCAAAUAUGAGCCUGAAUUCCGGAUCUUGCUGGUAGGUUUCCAGUUGAUUUUCAGUGCCAUGGGACUUUAUGGAUUUGGCUGGACAGCCUCGGAUGUGGAAAAGUAUCACUGGCUUCUACCAGAUGUUUUCUUCGCAAUCCUUAUCAUUGGAAUGGUCAUGGGUGCAGUAGCUGCUUCUCUCUAUAUUGUUGAUGCACAUCGGGAAAUUGCCGUGGAAGCAUUUACUUGCUUGCUGGUGUUCAAAAACAUGUUUAGCUUUGUCCUGACUUUCUUUGCCUACAAUUGGUUUGCUCAUGGGGGCGUCAAACACACUAUGAUCAUUAUCGGCAGCAUACAAGUAGGAAUUUGUCUCCUGAGUAUCCCCAUGUAUGUCUUUGGCAAGUGGAAUCGCUCGUUCUUUGCCCGCCAUGACAUUCUUGAGAUGUUGCAUCUCCAGUAG